AUGGCCAGCAAGGACGGAUCCGAGAUUAUACCAACGCCCGGUUGGGUACUGGUGGUGCGAAUCAUCCAGUUCAUCCUCUCGCUCAUCGUUAUCGGUGGCUCCGGCUGGUUCAUUCAUGGUCUAUACCUAGACAGUCUCGGUUUCGGCAUCGUUUGUGUUAUAUUUACCUGGGUCAUCACCGUUUACGCUAUCCUGUCCGAGAAGGUCGCAUCCUGCCAACGCGCCUAUAACACCUGGGCGGUGCUGUCGCUCGAUGGUCUAAUGAUCAUCUUCUGGCUGUCCGCCAUGGGCGCCAUAGCGAGCAAGCGCGCGGAUUUCCGCUUCCCGGUGAACGCCACGUGUGUCAGCGACGGGAGCAGCGUGAACAGUGGAGUCUGCACGAUCACGAAGCGCGCAGGUGUCGCAACAAAAGAGGCCUUGGCGUUGAUGAGCGGUGUGGCGGGUGUCUGUGCUAUCAUUAUGCUGCUAUACGUUGCCACUUUCGCCUACCUGUGUCAUCAAUUCCGCCUGGCGUACCCGAAGGGCGUCUCCGAUGUCGAGAAGCAGGCUGGAACGACGGCCAGCGCUCCUGGUGCACAACAAUACCAACAAGGCACAGAGCUCCAGCCGCAACAGGGCCAGCCUCUACUGAACCAACAGCAGGGCUACCCGCAACAACAGGGUUACCCGCAACAGCAGCAACAGCCACAGCCGAAAUGGGCCGAGAACCAGGUAUAUCCUCAGCACACCGGAUACUCCCAACAAGGGGCACCCGUACCGCAGUACAACCAGAACCAGCCAUACGACCCUUACACUCAGCAAAAUACAGCCUAUGCCGGGCAGGGUGGUGUGUACUCGCCGGAGCAAGUCGGCCAGCCUCAGGUUGGGGGGCCUCAACAAGUGCCGUAUAGCCCGCAUGGGACACCAGCACCAGGACAGCAGGUGCACCAGUUGCCUACCCACCCCCAUUAG